CGUUGCUUGGUGCGGAUGGUUCGAGUUAUGACCGCCAUCGCCGCGACGCUGCGCCGACCGGCCACCGUGCGCCGCUACUUUAGCAACAAGACGACGCAUUUUGGUUUCCAGCAGGUAGAUGAGCAUGCGAAGAAGCCCAUGGUGGCGAGUGUCUUCCACAGUGUUGCUGACAGCUACGACGUCAUGAACGACGCUAUGAGUGGAGGCAUGCAUCGACUAUGGAAAGAUGAAUUUGUCAACAUGCUUGGUCCACUGCCCCAUCGUGAUGGCGAACCACUGCGCAUCUUGGACGUGGCUGGCGGCACCGGUGACAUUGCAUUCCGGAUGGCUGAUCGCUUGAAACGCGGUGGUCUCGCUGACUCGCCGGCAGACCCCAGCGGACGGACAGAUAUUGUCGUGUGUGAUAUCAAUGCAUCCAUGCUGCGCGUUGGCGAAGAGCGAGCGACCGCGCGUGGCAUCGGCCUACCCGGCACGCGCCCGUCCUUUGCGUGGGUUCAAGGCGACGCAGAGCAGCUCGCGUUCGAGUCCGACUCGUUCGACGUGUAUACGAUUGCAUUUGGUAUUCGCAACGUCACCCACGUCGAUAAAGCGCUGGCGGAAGCCCACCGAGUCCUGCGCAAGGGCGGUCGAUUCAUGUGCUUGGAGUUCAGCCAAGUCCAGAACCCGCUGCUUCGCCAACUCUACGACACGGUACACUCGCUCGUCCAUCAUCCACCGUCGCCCGCACACACAGCCCAGCUAGCCCUCAUAUCCAAUGGAUAGUACUCGUUCAAAAUGAUUCCCGCCAUGGGCGAGCUCCUUGCGAAAGACCGGGCGUCGUAUCAGUACCUCGUUGAAAGCAUUCGCCAGUUCCCACCGCAACACUCGUUCAAGGCGAUGAUCGAAACCGCGGGCUUCCAAAGAGUGACGUACACCAACUUUAUGGACGGCAUUGUGGCCGUCCAUUCCGGGUUCAAGCUGUAGGGAGAUGUCUAAAUUGUUCGCACAAUACAACAUGCCCUGCAUAGUGUGGCUGGAGUGCCUCAACACCGUGCCGUCGACGACGAAUUGUCGAGCGCCAUCGCCGUCA